AACGAGAUUCCAAAAAAAAAAAGAAGCUCAGUUGAAAGAGAAAACAAACAAAAAAAUGGAGAAACUAACUUUUCUCAGCCGUCUCUUGCAUUUCGUCGUCUUCGUCGCUUCUACGUUUCCUUCUUCAUCGUUUCUGUUGAACGAUCGCACCUUCGAGAGAUCGAACUUACCGUCAACGCGCGCCGAGAAGUUGAUCCGGGAGCUAAACCUUUUCCCGCAGCAGGAUCUGAAUGUGAUCGAUGUCGCUGAUUCGCCUCUCACUGCCGCGGAGGGAUCCGGGAUUGUUGAACGGAAGUUCGUAUUCCCGAAUAUACUUGCUGCCGAUGGUGGUGAUACUGUCGAGGAUUUAGGUCAUCAUGCUGGUUAUUACAAGCUCCCAAAAUCUCGUGGCGCAAGCAUGUUCUACUUCUUCUUCGAGUCACGCAAAAAGAAGGAUGCUCCUGUUGUGAUUUGGUUGACUGGAGGGCCUGGAUGUAGCAGUGAGCUGGCUGUGUUCUACGAGAACGGUCCUUUCAAGAUCACUAACAACAUGUCUCUUGCUUGGAAUGAGUAUGGAUGGGACCAGGUUUCCAAUCUUCUGUAUGUUGACCAGCCUGUUGGAACUGGUUUCAGCUUUACGACAGACAAAAGUGAUAUCCGUCAUGAUGAAACUGGAGUUAGCAAUGAUCUAUAUGAUUUUCUGCAGGCUUUCUUUAAGGAGCACCCUAAGUUGGCAAAAAACGACUUUUACAUUACUGGAGAGUCAUACGCUGGGCACUACAUUCCAGCUUUUGCUUCCCGAGUGCAUAAAGGAAACAAGGCUAAUGAGGGAAUUCAUGUUAACCUAAAGGGAUUCGCUAUUGGAAAUGGGCUUACAGAUCCUGCAUUCCAAUAUCCAGCCUAUCCUGACUUUGCUUUGGAAAUGGGUUUAAUCACGCAAAAAGAGCAUGAUCGCUUAGAGAAGAUUGUCCCACUGUGCGAACUAUCAAUCAAGCUUUGUGGAACUGAUGGUACAACUUCUUGUUUGGCAUCCUAUCUUGUUUGCAAUGCCUUGUUCAGUGGUGUACUGAGUCAUGCUGGUGGAGUAAACUAUUAUGACAUCAGGAAGAAGUGUGUGGGGAGUCUGUGCUACGAUUUCUCGAACAUGGAGAAAUUUUUGAAUCUGAAAUCUGUGAGGAAGUCGCUUGGUGUUGGGGACAUAGACUUUGUCUCCUGCAGUACUUCAGUCUAUCAGGCAAUGCUUGUAGAUUGGAUGAGGAAUCUCGAGGUUGGGAUUCCCGAACUCUUGGAAGAUGGAAUCAAUCUUCUUGUGUAUGCUGGAGAAUAUGAUCUUAUCUGCAACUGGCUCGGUAACUCGAGGUGGGUGAAUGCGAUGGAUUGGUCAGGGAAAACGAACUUUGGGGCAGCUGAAGCAGUUCCGUUUAUGGUUGAUGGCAAAGAAGCAGGCUCAUUAAAGACUUACGAACAACUCAGUUUCCUUAAGGUGCGAGAUGCAGGACACAUGGUUCCAAUGGACCAGCCAAAAGCUGCAUUGGCAAUGCUUAAGCGAUGGAUGGAGAAUUCGCUUAUUGAAGAUGCUACUAUUGCUGCUGCUCAGGGAGAAGAGGAACUGGUUGCUCAGAUGUGAGCUCAUCUUCUUUUGCGUUGCAUGAACACAAAAAGCAGCAAACAUAAAAACAAUGUGUGAGCGUGUGACGUUUCCUUCUGUAAUUUGAUCUCAUAGAAAAGAUAUAUGUAGGGGUUUGCCCAGUUUCGUUAAAAAAUAUCACACUCUGCUGACACCAAAAGGAAAAAAUAAAUACAACGAAAUGUGUUUUCUA